UGUUUGCGCAGCCAGAUAUAGCAGCCAAUCAACGACUAGUCUAGAUCCUUCCGUCGAGCGAUAUGGACGUGGAAGAACUUAUAAUUAUUGCUUAUCUAUCUCGUAAAAAACGCAAAGCAAAGAAAAGACACUGGAUUCAUCCUCUUUUUUUAGAAAGACACUCAAAAGGCUUAUUCCAAACCUAUUUCAAAGAUGUUCGUGCAUUCCCAGACCGGUUUUUUAACUACACGAGAAUGUCAGUGCAAUCGUUUGAUAACCUUUUGGAAAAAAUACGAAAUUCAAUCAAGGGUAUUGAUACUCGUAUGCGAGCUUGUAUGAGUCCUGAAGAAAAACUGGUGAUAACUUUGAGAUAUCUUGCUACAGGAUGUUCUAUGAUGGAAUUGAGUCAUAAUUAUCGGAUUGGACAUACAACUGUCCGAGAUAUCAUAUAUGAAGUUUGCAUGGCAAUUUGGGAGAAUAUGAGACAGUCAUCGUUUCCAGAAUUAAAUGAAGAGAGGUGGCUUGAAAUAGCAAAAGGUUCCAAUGAAAAUGCAAAACUAUCCCAAUUGCGUUGGUGCCAUCGAUGGAAAGCAUAUAAGAGUAAUAAAACCCAGCGAUUCAGGAUAACUGUACUAUAAUUAUAAAAAUUAUUUUUCCAUCGUUUUACUUGCUGUGUGCGAUGCAGAUUACAAGUUCACAUAUAUAGAUGUUGGGGCUUAUGGAAAAUAUAGUGACUCAUCUAUAUAUAAAAAAUCCAUUUUGUAUCAAAAACUUGUUAACAAAGAUAUAUACAAAUCCCGGAGAAGCGCCCCAUAUCAAAUAAUGGAGUACCGAUGCAAUACGUCAUAGUGGAGGAUGAGGCAUUUGGCUUAUGUGAAAAUUUAAUGAGACCUUAUGGAGGUAGGAGUUUAACAGCGAAGAAGAAACAAAUCUUCAACUAUAGACUGUCUCAGGC